CUGUGUUUUUGUUGUGUGCUAUCUUACAAUCAUCAUGCAAACUAGUUAGUGUAAUCUAUUUUAGGUUGUUAUCCAUUUAGAAAGCCCAUACAUGAAAACCAAAACAUUGAUGUCCAACCCUACCUUUAAUCUCUGUGAACCUCCAGCACCACAGAACACAACUCAAGAAUGGACAUAAUUUGCAACUUUGAAAACAACACACAGAAUAAUGGCAGUGAGUUUGGCCAUGUCGUCCAUGUAAUUGGCUGGGUCGCCUUUUCCUUGAGCAUCCCAGUCAUCUUCCUGGCCAUCUAUCUACUCUACUGCCUGAUCUGUGCUGACCACAUUGCGCCCAUCUUCAUCAUCAAUCUGCUGAUCUCGGACCUCCUUCAGAUGUGUGUUUUACCAGUCAUGUUCCAGGGCUACUGUCAUAUUGUGGUGCUGCUUGUGUACUACUAUAGCCUGACAACAAGUGUGGGCUUCAUGGUGUGCAUCGCUCUGGAGAGGUACCUGGUGGUUGCCUUUCCCCUCUGGUACCGUUUCCAGCACAAUAUUAAGAAUUCCUUAAUUGUGUCCUCCAUCAUCUGGCUGUUCUCCUUCGUCAAGAUCAGCAUCCUAUCCUUCAUGCCGUAUGAGGCCAGGCUGAUCCUGAACUCUGUCCUGAACCUGAUCCCUCUCCCCCUGCUUAUCUUCUUCUUGGUUGGUACGCUGAGAGCUCUGUCCGGCUCCAUUUCUCUUACAGUCCUGGAGAAGAGACGCAUUAUUGGCACAUUGGCACUGGUUCUGGGGAUCUACUGUCUUCUCUUCCUCCCAAUAGUUAUACAGGACCUGUUGAUUGCUGUGCGGAGCCCUGUGAAGUCACAUCUGGGGCUAUUCCUGGUGCUGUUCAACCCCUUUCUGGAUCCCCUUCUCUAUGUGUUUAUGCAGAAGGGGGCCAAUGACAUACUGAGGGCCUGUCCCUGUCUGGAUAGGCUGCUGCCUGGAGGGCACAACCUUACCCAGACCCCCACGAGCGUGACUGAUAAUCCCACUUCACUGUGACUGGAACCUUGUGAGGAGGAGAUGAGAUAGAACAUAAAGGUUUGGUUGCAAGAACUGUGGUACUAAAAUCAACUAAAUAAAGUCAGUAGUACCAUGAUUAAUCUGUCUUUUUUAAUCAGUUGGCUCCAGACAUUUACAGACCAAACCAUUAAAAUAAAAAGUCAAUUUGGAGAACAUUUAAUGAUAAAAGAUAUGAACAUUUACAAAAUAAAUUG